UAGGUUACUAUUUGGUUCAACCCUGAAAGGGUCUUAUUUUGUUUUGACAGGAGUCCGUCUAUAUAUUAUAUACAAAGUUACAAACGUUUUUUUUGACCGGUCUAGUUCUGAGUUCUGGAAAUUGGUUAAAGUUAUCGCAACUUCAUUACACAACCCGGUAAUAAAUAUAUUGAUCCUGCAUGCAGAGAUCGUAUCCAGAUCCUUAGUAUUCACAUUCAUUCAUAUAGGAUUUUCUUCGGCAAAUACUCUCCAAAUAUGAAAUUCUUAACACAAACUGAAGCAGUUAAAAUUGAUGAGGAACUAUUCAACGAAUACAAAUUUAGUGUAGAUCAACUUAUGGAAUUGGCUGGAUUGAGUUGUGCCCAUGCUAUAGCCAAAUGUUACCCUGCUGAUUCCUUCAAGCGAGUGUUAGUGUGUUGUGGACCUGGAAACAAUGGUGGAGAUGGAUUAGUUUGUGCCCGACAUUUAUCUUUCAUGAAAUACGAACCAACAAUUUAUUAUCCAAAACCCACUGCAAAACAACUGUAUGAAAAUCUAAGCCACCAAUGCAAGAGCAAUGGAAUAUCAUUUCUACGUUCAAGUCCCACUCUUGAAAGUACAAAUGAAUGCUACGAUUUAAUUGUUGAUGCACUAUUUGGCUUCAGUUUCAAACCACCCGUGCGAGAAACAUUCGUUCCUAUUACAGAGAUCCUCCUAAAUACGAAAAUUCCUAUAGCAAGCAUUGAUAUACCAAGCGGAUGGGAUGUAGAAAAAGGAAAAAUAACAGAAAAUGAUUUCGAACCGGAUAUGCUAAUAUCCCUAACGGCUCCUAAACUAUGCGCUAAAAUGUUUAAAGGGAAAUACCAUUAUUUAGGUGGACGUUUUGUACCACCCGCGCUCCAGGAAAAGUUUCAACUUAACUUACCAGAGUAUCACGAUUGUGAUAUGUGUUUAAAAUUGUAGAGUGAUAACCCGUUACCAAGCAAAAUAAAAAAAUAAGAAUAUUUUAACUAUGAAAUCUA